AUGUUGUUUUCUCGAAUUCUGCUCACCUCCGGCCUGGCUGCCGGCGCCCUUGCUGCAUCAUGGAUAGUGCCUGGCGCUGACUGGAAAGAUACCGCUGGUAACACUAUUGAUGCCCACGGAGGCAUGAUAUACCAGCAUGAAGCAAACUUCUACUGGAUAGGCCAAGCUGCGAAUGAUGGCAAGUCACCUCUUUCUGGGCCACGAUCAACAGAUCUCCUCAACUGGACUCCACUUGGGGCUCAAGCCGCAAUUAAGUGGAUGUGGAGACCGAAGAUUGCCACGCCAAAUGGAUCUUUCUGGAUUUACGGGCAAGUCGAUCGCUCAGUGCAAGCUUUGGUAUCUUCUCAGAUUGAGGGAGGAUACAAGGUGAAUGGACCUGCCGUUAGGAUACCGCCAAAUUCCUACAGUUAUUCGGACACAGGAAUGUUUCAGGAUCCCGACACUCAGACUUGGUAUCUCAUGACCAGUGCCGACCACAACAUUGUGCAGAUCAACCAGAUCAAUCCGGACGGGACAAUUGGUGACGAAGUUAACCAACUCAUACCAGCGCUGAUGGAUUAUGAAGCUGGCGGAUCAUACGAAGCACCAGGGAUGUUCAAAGUGGACAAUAUCUACUUUCUGAUCGUCUCGGGGAAGACGGGAUGGCGUUCCAAUCCCAACCAGAUGUUCUGGGCCGAUAGCAUCGAUGGCAACCUCACCGGCCCCUUUGAAAUUGCACCGGUGGAAGAGAACACUUACAAUUCGCAGAAUACCUUUGAACUUACCAUUAAAGGAUCCAAGCAAACGACUUACAUCUACAUGGGUGACUCGUGGGACUCGAAGGGGGGACCGAGUUCUACUUACAUUUGGCUUCCUAUGAAAGUUGAUGCUACUGCUCACACGCUCGCACUGGAGUAUCAUGCCAUGUGGAAAGUCGAUGUGACGACCGGCGAAGUCUCAUGGCCUACCACCAAGAAGCGAUAUGAGGCCGAAGCUGCAGCAAUCUCUGGUCGCGCAGUUGAUACUCAAAGCCAGGUCGUCUUCCAAAACAUUACGGGUACUGGGAAGCCACAGUGGCUUGCUCUGCAUUACACAGUCAACAAUGCAGCCGUUGGUGAAGCACACCUUGCCAUUAACGAUCAGCCCGUACCAACAAAAAUCUCUGACAUGAACUGUCGUGCCGGUCGGCAAAAGACGAUUCCUGUCGAGCUCACACUGAAGCCAGGAGACGUCAACAAAAUCACGUUUGGGGUAACGGGUGAAAAAGGUCAGUUCGCAUCUACAAUUUUCUUUUCUCCGGCCUUCGGCUGUACCAUUGCAAGAACAGUGCUGACUUCAGGCGUCCCAGAUUUCGAGGCCCAUCUAGACGGCAUCGAGAUAUUUGAAGACGCCUAG